GCGAUUAGACUUGUCGAGUUCGGAAGACGAAGUGUUUACAGAUAAUCUAAAGCAGGCAAUUGAUCAGCAGUUUUUACAUGAUGAUUUGUAUAACACAGAAAAAGCCAAGGUCACUCAAUCUGAUGGAGUGUUAUCAAAAAAGGGCAUGACUACCUCAAAAGCGUCCAAGGGCUAUAAAAUUUUCUUUUUCGAAACCAGAUGCACCUAUCAACCCUGGGAAAAUGCGCGGACAGGAAGACAUAAAUUUUCUCUCCCUUUCCUAGAUAAGGACAUUUGAAAAUUCCAACCCCCCUCUUUCCCACCACAACUUAGAAUCCUUUCGGGCGGAAACUAGAAGAAAUGAACCAAUGACUAGAAACCUAAACGGAUAAUGAGACGAAUUUUCCAAUGAGCAACCUCCAAAUUUGGAAGCGUUAGAAAGAAACCUACCAAUCCAAGAACUAAGAAAUUCGUUUGGUCACCUACACCCCCAUCCUGCCCCUUAGAAACACUCUAUAAAAACCGCGAUUUAUAGGAUCGCGGCACCAGUUUAUUACGACUUCUAGUUCAAACCAUACCCUCGUGUCGCGCCUAGGUUACAAGUUCGUUCCGCGAACGCUCAGUGCUUACUACUUGACCAAAGAUUUUCAGUGCCUAAUUUCAACUACUAAACACUUAGUGAAGUGAGUGCACCCGGAGUACUCCCUGCCUCAUUCUUCUCUGGUCCCAGCAGCCCCGGCCCAGACGGAUCAGCUCAACUCAGUCAACCAGUCUCGCCAAGUAGUAAAUCUCCAAACUCAAAUUUCUUUCGGGUCUUGGUUUCUCGCGGAUUAAUAAAGUAAAUAAACAAAUCUGAAUUGUAAUGGAGAAAAGUUUCUUUCUCCGAAAUCGGUCAAAUUUUAAAUGGUCACGGAGGAGGGCAGGAUCAGGCGGGCCCUCGCGCAAACGCAAAACGCUACAUCGCGUCCCAAGGGCUCAUCUCUUCCGGCGGGGGUCACGGAUUCUGAUCUUCGCCCUCGAGAGUCCGACCAGGGAUCCAGGCUCGCGGAUUCCGAUCCUGCCAUUCAGGAAUCCGACCAGGCGUCCCGGUUCACGGAUUCCGAGCCAACCGCUCGAAAGUCCGACCAAGGACCCAGGUUCGCGGAUUCCGAGGCAGACCUUCGGGAGUCCAGCCAGGCGUCUCGGUUAGCGGAUUCCGGGGCAACCACUCGAGAGUCCGGCCAUCUGCCCCGGUUCGCAGAUGCUGCCCCCCAUGUUCGGCAACCCGAAGAACAAAUCGCGGAUUCACCCCCUCGAGGGUCAAUAUCUCCCUUACCUCUUUCACUACACUAUUCACCUAUUAGCUCACCUGAAAUAAUAGAAAUACCACCUUCACCUUCACCUUCGAAUCCUGAUGUAGAGUUUAUGUCACCUCCAGCUUCACCUUCUUCUAAUUCUGAUGUAGAGUUUAUAGCCGAACAUCCUCCCCCUUCACUCCCUCGUCCACAAUAUUAUUAUUAUAAUGGCACUAAACAAUCGUUAAUAGAAUUAUUAGAGCAGUUCCCCCUCAAAGAAGACCCCCUACUCCUGCUCCACCGUGAGUUUGCCCUUAUCCCAGAGGCGAUCGACCCUGUUUGUUUAUCUUCUGUAGUAUCCUCUCUCGCUCCCACAGACCGUAUCCUCGUUUUCACACCGUACUACCGCGAUCUCUUUGCCGUCCCAGUGGACUUAUUUUAUAAUUUCUUUUCCCCUUCUUCUACUGUGACACUGGAGGAAAUUAUUUAAGAACUCAAGACGUACCGCAUAUUUAAUAUAUUGUAGAUGCUGUAGAAUCAUUUUAAGAUAAUUAACAUGUAUGUAAAUAGUCAUAGACCAGAGUUUGAUAACACGGCGGAAUGUUAGUACACAACAGAAAUAAAUAUAGACAUAUUACAAUUAAACGAAAAUUUAUCAGAAAAGCGUAAAAUCGUAUAUCAUUCAACAAAUCAGCUGCUAUGUUUAAACUUAAUAAGUAAUUUGGUCAAUAGUAAAAUCGUAUAUCAUUCAACAAAUCACCCGCUAUGUUUAAACUUAAUAAAUAAUUUUGUCAAUAGUAAAAUCGUAUAUCAUUCAACAAAUCACCCGCUAUGUUUAAACUUAAUAAAUAAUUUUGUCAAUAGUAAAAUCGUAUAUCAUUCAACAAAUCACCCGCUAUAUUUGAACUUAAUAAAUAAUUUUGUCAAUAGUAAAAUCGUAUAUCAUUCAACAAAUCACCCGCUAUGUUUAAACUUAAUAAAUAAUUUUGUUAAUAGUAAAAUCGUAUAUCAUUCAACAAAUCACCCGCUAUGUUUAAACUUAAUAAAUAAUUUGGUCAAUAGUAAAAUCGUAUAUCAUUCAACAAAUCACCCGCUAUAUUUGAACUUAAUAAAUAAUUUUGUCAAUAGUAAAAUCGUAUAUCAUUCAACAAAUCACCCGCUAUAUUUGAACUUAAUAAAUAAUUUUGUCAAUAGUAAAAUCGUAUAUCAUUCAACAAAUCACCCGCUAUGUUUAAACUUAAUAAAUAAUUUUGUCAAUAGUAAAAUCGUAUAUCAUUCAACAAAUCACCAGCUAUAUUUGAACUUAAUAAAUAAUUUUGUUAAUAGUAAAAGCGUAUAUCAUUCAACAAAUUAGCCGCUAUGUUUAAACCUAAUAAAUGAUUUUGUCAAUAAUAGAUAAA